AUGGUUUUGCUUAAAACUCUAAAAACGUUCUUCACGAAAGAUGAUUUUGACUUCGACUCAAAGAACAUUGAUCUAUAUAAAUUUCAUCCACAGAUAAGAAUUUUCCUCGUGUUUAAUGGAAUAUUUUUCAACAAUAGCGAAUCCUAUAUAAGGUAUUGCUGGCCAGUACUAAGUACUAUGUUAGCAUUGGUCGGCGCAGCAAUCGAAUUGAUGAUAAUACACCAUGGAAUCAUCACGGGCGAUUAUUCAUUCGCCACGGAAUGUUUUUGCUACUUCAUAAUAUUAACAACGAUCCCUUUGGUUUACAUAAGUGUUUUAUUCGGUAGGAAUAAAAUAUUUCAGCUUUUGAAUUCGAUGGAUCGAGACUUUUUAUACAUUUGCAGAUUGGAACCUAAAUACAGAAACUUAUUUCUUAACGGCCAGCUGCUGAUAUGGCAAUUAUGCAUCGUUUGGCUCGUUUUCGCAAUGUCUAUUGUGACGAUGUAUUUGAUUUCGACAAUAGCGAUUCUCUUUUACCAAAGUUUGUUCGCAACACAAACCGAGAAUACGGUGCGACCACUGAUAUUUCCAUUGUGGCUACCAGAGGACGACCCUUACAGGACACCUAAUUACGAAGUGUUCUUUUUUUUUGAGAUAAUCGUAUGCUUGAUGGUACCUCAGAUAUUUUGCGUAUACGUUUAUGUUCUCUUUCACAUUCUGCUGCAUCGCUAUUAUUUAAUGGACUUGAUAAUUUUCGACUGCGAAAUAAUGUUCAAUGAUCUGGACGAACGUGUUAUCGAUCUUCCACAAAAUGAUCCUAAUCGAAUGAAGGUACAACUUAUUCUCAAUAAAAGGAUAGAACGCAUUGUGAAAUGGCAUAACAUGGUUUUCGAGACUGUAAAUGCUGUGUCUUCAGUUUAUGGUCCUCCACUUGUCUAUCAAGUAGUAAUUAGUUCUCUAGCCAUUUGCCUAAUGGCGUAUCAAGUGGCUGAAUCUUUGGACAAUGGGAAAUUUCAUGUUAUAUUCGCAAUGCUCUGUAUUGCGACUUGCGUUCAACUUUGGAUACCUUGCUACCUUGGCACACUUAUCAGAAAUAAAGCUUUUUCCAUUGGAGAUGCCAUUUGGAGCAGCGGUUGGCAUGAAACAUCGUUAGGACGUCUCGUGCGACAGAACCUUAUUAUAAUUAUAAUGCGAUCUCAGAAGCCUGUCAGCAUUAAAUUCACAGGACUGCCCAAUUUGGACCUGGAAACAUUUUCAUCGGUAAUGAGUACAUCAUAUUCCUAUUUCAACAUUUUACGUCAAUACAAGUGAAUAUUUUGUCAAUUCAAGGUGCUU